UUUCCUUUUUUUUUUUUGUGUAAAGUUGUCUCACCAUCCCAAAGAAUGAACCUUUUCCAAGAUUCAUUUUCUGGGCCCUGAGCAUUCUUUGAUGAUUGUAAUUGGUUAGGAAUAUUCGUAAAGUUGGGAAUUCUGUUUCUCUCUCUUUGUUGGCAUGGGAUUCCCUUCUGAUGUACAGAAAAAUGGCGGCGGAGGUGGGAGAUUGAACACACUCGUCAGGAGGAAACAGGUUGAUUCUAAGCAUGUGUACUCUUCUGGGAGUCGCCAAAAUCAGUUGGCCAGGGCUCUCACUGCACCUCAUCUCAUUGCCAUAGGAGUUGGUGCAACAAUUGGUUCUGGUGUUUAUAUUCUGGUUGGCACAGUUGCUAGAGAGCAUUCAGGGCCAGCUCUUACACUUUCAUUUCUCAUAGCUGGAAUAGCUGCUGGCCUUUCUGCUUUCUGCUACGCCGAGCUUGCUAGUCGUUGCCCUUCUGCUGGAAGUGCCUAUCACUAUUCUUACAUAUGCAUCGGAGAAGUCGUUGCUUGGUUGAUUGGUUGGGCGUUGAUGCUGGAAUACACCAUAGGAGGUUCAGCAGUGGCUCGUGGUAUAUCCCCAAAUCUGGCCUUGCUUUUUGGAGGUCCAGAUAGUCUACCUUCUUUUCUGGCUCGCCAGACAAUCCCCGGAUUUGAUAUUGUUGUCGACCCAUGUGCAGCCAUCAUAGUCGUUUUGGUCACUGCGCUUUUGUGCCUGGGAAUUAAGGAGAGUGCAUUAGCCCAAGGGAUCGUUACUUCUGUGAAUGUAUGCGCCUUGGUCUUUAUCAUCGUGGCCGGUGGAUAUUUAGGCUUCAAGACCGGAUGGCAUGGGUACGAACUCCCUGCCGGAUACUUUCCCUUUGGGGCUAAAGGGAUGCUUGCUGGUGCUUCAACCGUCUUUUUUGCAUAUACAGGGUUCGACUCCAUCACAAGCACAGCAGAAGAGGUGAAAAACCCUCAAAAGGAUCUGCCAAUCGGCAUUGGGUCUGCUCUAUCCAUAUGCUGCACCCUUUACAUGUUGGUUUCUGCAGUCAUCGUUGGUUUGGUACCCUACUAUGCAAUGGAUCCUGACACCCCGAUUUCCUCUGCAUUUGCUAGCCAUGGAAUGCAAUGGGCAGCGUAUAUCAUUACUAUUGGAUCUUGUACUGCUCUUUGUGCGUCGUUGACAGGGUCUUUGCUUCCGCAGCCGCGGAUAUUAAUGGCAAUGGCCAGAGACGGACUGCUGCCAUCGUUUUUCUCAGAUAUCAACAGAAGCACACAAGUUCCUAUUAAAAGCACGAUUGUGACCGGAUUCCUUGCCACAAUCUUGGCCUUCGUCAUGGAUGUAGAACAAUUGUCAGGAAUGGUUAGUUUGGGAACGCUUCUUGCAUACACGACUGUAGCAAUUUGUGUGCUGAUACUGAGAUAUGUUCCACCGGAUGAGGUGCCAUUUCCAUUAUCUUAUAAGGAAGCAAUCGAUUCAGUUUCUUCGCGACGUGCCAUCAGCAAUAGCCCUGCCGACAUCUGCGUGGAGCACCCGAAAGUUUACUCCUUGAAUACUCCAUUUUUAGUCCGGAAAGAAACAACAUCUAUUAGAUGCCCUUCUAUAAAUAGGGAUUGGAACUUCCUCGUGAACAAAAAGAAUCGGCGGAAUACUGCUGGUUGGGCUAUUAUGAUCACGUGCAUUGGCAUACUUAUAUUCACUUGUGCUACUUCAUUCUCGAGCCUCUCAAGCAUUCUCCGAACUACAUUUUGUGGCAUUGGUCUGCUUCUCCUUCUCUCGGGUCUCAUAAUGCUCACUUUCAUAGAUCAAGAUGUCGCGAGACAUAAUUUUGGGCAGGAAGGAGGUUUCAUCUGUCCGCUCGUCCCACUGCUUCCGGUAACUUGCAUUCUCAUCAACAUGUACUUGUUAGUCAACCUCAGUGCGGCGACUUGGACCCUGGUCUCGAUAUGGCUGGCGUUGGCGCUGCUCGUCUACGUGUGCUAUAGCUGCAGGCGAAGCCCGUUGAAGCACGCAUAUUACGUUCCCGCGGCUGAUGUGGAUGAAAUCUAUGAGGCAUCAGCCCAGGCAGGCCACAAUUUGAAUGUGCAUUGAUGAUAUAUAGAUUGAUAGUGAUAUACACUUAACGAGUGUUGUUGCCCUCACGAUUGAAAGCACUGUUGUAUUAAUUGAAUUUAGAAAUUGUACAUAUCUUCAUUUUUUGUAACGUAAUACGCAACCUAUAUUCAUUAUGAAUAAUAGUACUCUCUACGGUGCAUUUCAUAAACUUUA